UAGCUCCACAGCGUUGACUUCAGCAGAAGCACUCUGUGCUGAGAUCCGCCUUCCACUUCCUCUCCCAGAGCCGGAGCUCGCUGGUCAUAUGACAACUGGUCACCACAGACAGCGGACACACUGCACACAGCGUUCUCUGCUGUCCGAGCUUCACUUGGACCUGAAGGAACAAUGUCUGUGGUGAGGCUGGAAGAGAGUCGAGAGCGGAUUCGCACAGAACUGGAUAACACAGUGAACUUCUGGCUCAAAUACUCUCAUGACACUGUGCAUGGAGGCUUCUUCACUUGUAUUGGGAGAGAUGGGAAGGUUUAUGAUGAGCUGAAGUAUGUCUGGCUGCAGGGUAGACAGGUGUGGAUGUAUUGCCGCCUGUACCGAACUAUGGAUCGCUUCCGCAAGCCUGAAAUCCUUGAAGCAGCAAAAGCUGGAGGAGCAUUCCUCAGGAAGUUCGCUCGUGUGUCCGGCAGCAGUGGUCAGUGGAAAUGUGCCUUCUGCUUAACAAGAGAUGGUAAAGCAGUCAAAAUUCAGAGGACUAUAUUCAGUGAGUGUUUCUACAUCAUGGCCAUGGAUGAACUGAGUAGGGUCACUGAUGACAAGGACAUGCAGCUGGAGGCAGAACAGAUGAUGGAGCAAAUAAUCUACUGGGUUCGAGUAGACUCGUCAGGCCUGGGCAGGCCCCAGCUUCCCGGAGACUUUCCCGUCAACAGCAUGGCAGUUCCCAUGAUGCUGUUGUGUCUGGUACAACAGCUCACUGAAGGCCGAGGUCAGGAGGUGUUUCAGAAGUACAGAGAGCUGGGCAGCUGGUGUGUACAGCAGAUUCUACAGCACAUCCAGAGAGAUGGCACAGCUAUUUUAGAGAAUGUGUCACUGGACAAAACAGAGCUGCCGGGUUGCCAGGGCCGACUGCAGAACCCAGGCCACGCCCUGGAAGCAGGCUGGUUCCUGCUUCAGUACAGCACAGAGUGGGGGGAUGAGGAGCUCCAGAGGACUGCCAUUGACAAGUUUAUGGAGCUGCCUUAUCAGUGCGGCUGGGAUAAAGAGCACGGUGGCCUCUUCUACUUUCUAGAUGUGGAUGGUCACUGCCCAACACAGUUGGAGUGGAGUAUGAAGCUGUGGUGGCCUCACUGUGAGGCUCUCAUUGCCUUCCUGAUGGCUUACAGUCAAACAAAGAAACCAGAGCUGCUGGACAGAUUCUUCCAAGUUUUUGAGUACACCUUCAGCCAUUUUCCUGAUGCUAAGAAUGGUGAAUGGUUUGGCUAUUUGACACAAGAAGGGAAACUAGCCCUGGAUUUUAAAGGAGGCCCCUUUAAAGGGUUCUUCCAUGUUCCUCGCUGCCUGUACAUGUGUGAGCGUAUUCUGGAUGAUCUGCUGGCCAACAAGGACUGAGCAUUCUGACAUGAAUGUGAUACUAAUGGGACUGAUUGUUGGUCUCUUCACUAAAUCAAACCACAGUAAUCAAGAUAUAAAGAAAAUUGCACUAAUUUUCAAACAGGCCAUUCAUCUUAUCACAAAUGUCCAGUCACUGACCGGCUCAUAAAUUUUUUUUGGCAAGUUGUAUUACAGCACUACUACUGCAAAGAGAAAACAUAUGUCCCGUUUACAUAACUUAUGGCACCAGGGGCAGUUACUUACUUGAUCAGACAAACAUUGUUGUUUUUUUCCAUAUAAGUUGCUAAGACACCUAACAUGACAGUCUUUCAUCUGGGCUACUAGUCAGACAUUUACAUUCACGCUUACAACUUAAUGCAGUUUAGAUUUCCUGCUUCACCUGUCUGCAUGUCUUUGGACCGAAGAAGGAAACUCACACAGACAAAGGGAGAACCCCAGAAACAACUUAGCAUACUGUAUGGUUCCAUUGUAGGAUCGACACUGUUAACCAGCGACCCACUGUCCCUCCCCUAUCGUACAUACACAAAAAAAGAUUAACACCACAAAACAUGUCAAAUUGUGCCUUCUAACAUGCACACUGAACCUUUGAGCCAGCUCCAAAGACCUCUUAAAGAGCAUGUGUCUUUAUAUCGUUUUCAUUCCAGUUUAUACAGUUUUCAGGCAUACCUAUCCUAAAAUACUGGUGAACUGUAAUGUCAGUCAGAGAAAAAUUUAAGCUAUAGUAUCUUACUGCUAGUGACAUGCUCGGCAUCUGUAGACUUAAGGGCCAGCAAAUGAAUUGUAUAUUGAAAUAUUAAUGCUGAUGAUUAAAUGUGCAAUUUGAUGUAUGCAAAUUA